AUGGUCGACAACGCCCCAAACCAUCUCCACACAACAACCCAAUCAACCAACCCAGUAACCUACAACAUGUCCUCCGACCCGACCAACCCCAUCUCCCCCACCGCCUUCGCCCUCGCGAUCCACGACCUUCCCCUCGAUACCCUCCACUCCAAAGCCGCCGAAAUCACCAAUAGCAUUAUGCACCUCCGCCACAGCAAUGAGCAAAUGCUGCCCUUUGCCGAAGAAGGCGACAACGAAUGUCGGGAGGCGAUGUUUGAGAAUUUGCAGGUGAUUGCGCGGAUGAAUGAGAGGAUUGGGUUGUUGAAGGCGGAGGUGGAGGGGAGGGGGAUGAUGUGGCCGGGUGUUGGCGGGGAGGGAGGUGGGGUAGAUGGGGAAGGGGAGGGGAAGGGUUUGACUAAUGGUGAGGUUGAUGGGGCUGAAGACACAGUUAUGAGGAAUGGAACUGCGAGCGUCAAUACUGCCAUCACCGGCGAGAUUCCCGCUCCCCGUGCGUCAAGCGGCAGACUGACGGAUGAGGAGCUAAGGAGGCAGCUCGAGGCGCAGAUGGAGGACGGAGACGACGAUGGCGUGCACCUAUGACGAGCUUCAGCCUUGGACUCCUCGUCAGAACCCUCUAGUGGCCCGCUGUUAGAUCCAUGUGGAUGCGCCUCGUCCAGGAUCGACCUUUAAGGGCUUGCGAAACGACUACGGAAUCAUUGAACAUCCCACCACACUCAGGUGCUCCAGCCGGAGAAGGCGGCGAAGCGAAUGAGGACGAGGCUCACCGUGACUAUCACCACACCACGUCGAAGUACCUUCGCAUAUUGCAGUCGAGAUUUGACGAGCACGAGUUUAACCAAUCGCUGGCAUGCAUUAACGAUGAGGAUGAAGACGUGGAUGAAGAACGAGAUGCAGUGCAUUAGCGAAGUCCGGCAAAGGGCUGCUUAGACACUCUCCGCAUAGCUCCCGGUCUGGUCAAGACCGCAA